CUAGCAACCAAUGUCGUUUGGUAGGGUAGGAUGGCAAAAUUUGUGCUCGCUGGCAAAACAGACUGCCCACAUUACGCCAAAGCGGAACUAUUAGCAGACAGUCUGCAGCGAUCUCUACCAAACUUUAGGAUCCAUAAGAUCUCGAUUCUUCCACAAGAAUGGAAGGAAUGGCUGGAGGCCACCUGCAGGAGAAAUGACUGGAAACACGAGCAGUCCCCUUUGGUUUGGAGGGAACUGGUGGACCAAGGGGGGAAAGGGAUGCUCUUAGGGGGCUUCAGUGACUUCCUAGAGCAUUGUCAGGACUACUACAGCAUCACGUCAGACAUGGCUACGGAUAUUAUGCUGAGAGUUGCAUCGGAGAAUCUGGAAACCAAGAUGAACUUUAUUGUGGAGGAGCAGCAUCGUGUCAGUCUCAUCAAACCCCUUCACAUAUGGCUGAGCAGUGCUCUCAGCCCAACCUGCCACUUCCUGAUCCCCAAUCUGCUCUCUGCUGAGGUCUUCCCCAACACUUCCACAAUCAGCCUCCACCUAUUGGACCCGGAGGGGAACGAGGAGCGACUGCAGUGGCUGAGGAUGGAGACGGAGAACCUGGCACUCCCUCUGCUACAUCAAGUGUCCAUUCACACAGAUCUGGAACAGGCCUUCCAAGAGGCCGAUGUCAUUCUACUGCUGGAUGAGUGGUGGUCUGAUGACAGUGAUAAAGAGGAUGAGGAGGAAAUGAAGAAGAAAAAGGUAAAGGGAAUCUCAGACAGGUACAGAGAGUACGGACGCCUGAUUGACACGAGGGCCAACAAGGAGGUAAAGGUGAUUGUGUCUGGUGACUCCUUUGUCAACCUGAGAUGCUCACUUCUUUUGGACAACGCGCGCUCCAUUGACAGCGACCAAUUUGUCUCUGUGGCAACUCAGCUGGAGAAUGAAGCCAAGGCCGUCAUUGCGAAGAAGCUGAAAGUGAAGACGUCAGAUAUUAAAAAUGUCAUUGUGUGGGGAAACAUCAGUGGUAGUUUCUACAUUGACCUACAGAUAGCGAAGGUUUUCAACUAUGAUGGGGCAAUCAAAGGACCAGCUUUCUUUUCCCAACCAGCCAAAAACAUUCUACAAGAAAGGAAAUGGUUGGAAACAGACUUUCAAGACCUGGUGCGUCGUCAGCGUGCAGCUGUGGCUUCAAAGAGCUGCCGAGCAGCUGCCAUGUCGCUCGCAAAUGGGAUCCUCGCUGUCCUAAAGGCUUGGAAUGGCAUUUGCAGUCCAGAUGAGGUCUUCUCUAUGGGUGUGCUUUGCCCAGGGGACUACAAUCUCCCAGAUGGCAUCGUCCUCUCGAUCCCAGUGACAUUCACAGACGGGAAGUGGUCCGUGCUGUCUGACGUGACUGUUGGAGACGAGUUGAAGGAGAGACUUCAGCUUUUUGCGAGUGAACUCAUGCAGGAAAAAGAACUUGGAUCAGAAAAUUGCACGAUUGUUACGAACAAAGAAGACACUUGCAUAUUGACAACACAGACUGAAACAUGAUCAAAGGAAGUAGUCCAGAUACAUUUCAGUUCCACAUCUGAAGGUUGUUUCAGUUUG